AAGGAGGGCCACCCGCGCCCCUUCGGGAAAUGGAUGCUCCGCCGGUCUGCGGGCGCCAAGGGCGGGGAGAACGCUUUCCCAGCGGCGCUCAGGCCCCGCCCGGGAUCCGGCGGGAGGGCGGGGCCUCCCCCUUCCGCCUACACCGGCUCUGGUCUGAGCCCGGAACGGAGAAACGAGAUUGGGUUUAAGCUCCCUGCUUGAUUUUUGGGUAGCGGCGAGCGGAGGAGGAACAUGGCGCUCGUAGGCAACGGAGCAGAGCUGGAAGCGGACGAGGACAUUUUUGAAGAUGCCUUGGAAACCAUCUCUGUGCCUUUUCGAGCAGAUAUGGCAACAAGCAGCCGACACCUGGCCUCACUUGAUACAAAGCAGGGCUCUGAGCAGUGCAGACCAUCCAGUGUGAGCAGGUCAGCAUCAACCAAGCUGGAUCUCAAGAGUAGCCUGGAUGAAUGUGAAGUGGCAUUGAAAUUAUUUCUAAGCAACAGAUUUAAAGAUGCCUUAGAAUUGCUGCAACCAUGGGCUAAGGACAGCAUGUACCAUGCCUUGGGCUACAGUACCAUUGUGGUAUUGCAGGCCAUCAUGACCUUCGAGCAACAGGACAUCCAAAAGGGCAUUUCUGCCAUGAGGGACGCCUUACAAACCUGCCAAAAAUAUAGGAAAAAAUGCACAGUUGUAGAAUCUUUCUCAAGUUUUCUUUCUAGAGGAUCAUUGGAACAGAUGACUGAAGAGGAAAUGCAUGCCGAAAUCUGUUAUGCCGAGUGUCUCCUACAGAAAGCAGCACUCACGUUUGUGCAGGAUGAAAAUAUGAUCAACUUCAUCAAAGGUGGACUCAAAAUUAGAACAAGUUACCAAAUAUAUAAGGAAUGCCUUUCUCUCCUGCAUGUAAUUCAGAAGAACAAAGCUGAGCAACAAUUCUUCUAUGAGUUUGAAGGGGGUGUCAAGCUUGGAAUAGGGACCUUUAAUCUGAUGCUGUCCCUUUUACCAGUACGGAUCAUCAGACUACUAGAAUUUAUAGGAUUUUCUGGAAAUAGGGAACUGGGCCUCCUGCAGCUACGGGAAGGUGCAUCCGGAAGAAGCAUGCGGUCCUCACUGUGCUGCUUAACUAUAUUAUCUUUUCACACUUAUAUCUCCCUCAUACUUGGCACAGGAGAGGUGAACCUUGUGGAAGCGGAGAGUCUCCUUGCACCCUUCCUCCAGCAGUUUCCAAAUGGCUCGCUCAUGUUGUUUUAUCACGCCCGAAUAGAGCUGCUGAAAGGGAAUGUGGAAAAGGCAGAAGAGGUAUUUCGGAAAUGCAUUUCAGUUCAAGAAGAAUGGAAACAGUUUCACCAUCUCUGUUAUUGGGAGCUGAUGUGGAUUAAUAUAUUCCAGCAAAACUGGAUGAAGGCGUAUUACUAUUCAGACCUGCUUUGCAAAGAGAGUAAAUGGUCCAAGGCAACAUAUGUGUUCUUGAAAGCUGCAAUUUUGAGUAUGCUUCCGGAGGAGGAUGUAGCAGAAACUAAUGAGAACGUGGUAACCUUAUUCAGACAGGUGGACAGCUUGAAGCAGAGAAUUGCUGGGAAAUCUAUUCCUACUGAGAAGUUUGCAGUGAGGAAGUCUCGACGUUACUCCUCCUUGUUGCCUGCACCUGUGAAACUUGUCUUGCCUGCUCUGGAAAUGAUGUAUGCCUGGAAUGGUUUUCCAAUAGUGGGCAAAAGAAAAGACCUUUCUGAAAAUCUGUUGUUAACAAUUGAAAAAGCUGAGGCAAAUUUACAAAAUGAAAACUUCAGCGAUUACAUGGUGGAUGAUGAGUGCUUGGUGAAGCUGCUGAAAGGAUGCUGCCUGAAGAACUUACAGCGGCCCUUGCAAGCGGAAUUGUGUUUCAGUCACGUUAUCCAGAGUGAAAGGCUACUGAAGUUCGACCACUACCUCGUGCCAUUUACUCUGUUUGAGUUGGCGUGUUUGUACAAAAGCCAAGGGGAGAUUGAUAAGGCCUUAAAGGCUCUGGAAACUGCGAGGAACAACUACAAAGACUACUCCAUGGAGUCUAGACUGCACUUCAGAAUUCAGGCAGCUCUUCACCUCUGGAGGAAACCUUCCUCAGAAUGAUGAGGACGUAAAGGAUGGAACUUCCCCUCCAUUAACACCAACACCUGCUAUAGAUUAGACCUUGUAUUAAAGUGGAAAAGUGAUCUUGUGAACGAGAGACAAAAAAUUAAUUUUUUAAUCAAUAUUUUCGAUCAUUUAUGUGGUUUACUGUUGUUCUAUGUGAAAGUUGUUUGUUUUUCCCUAUGGAAUAACGGUCAGUACUAUCUAGAAAAUUCUUAUAUUUUGCCUCUCCAAGAAUUUCAUAUUAGACUUAAAUUGGAGAGUGAAGAAGUCUUUUAAAUGACUCAAAGGUACAACAAAGUCUAAUUAGAUUAUUUAUUUAUUUUUUUAGUAUGGAAAUUAAUACUGUUUAAGUAGCACAUGGCUUACAAGUUAAGCCAUUUUUAGAUCUGUUUGUCAGUUAAACUUAAGAGUUAUUUUGUUGCCUAGUAUUUAAAUUUCAGAGGGGAAAUAAAAUCAGUUACAUUCAAAAUAGCUUAAUAACCUUCUGAAGACUCCUGAAAAAGAUAGGCAGUGGGUGCGAACAGGGAUGGGAUAAUGUAGUUAAUAGGUCAAAAAGACCCAUGUCUGGCAAAGAUGGUGGCAUAUUGUUAGUUUUUUUAAUUCUUCAUGUAAGUUAAAAGUGGUGACGUUUAUGAGAGACUGUCUUGUUUUUGAAUGUACUCAUUAAGCCUAUUAUAAUAACAAAAUUUUAAAAAGUGUGUAAAGGGAAGAAAAAGUUAUAUUUUAGACAUUAUCCUUAGCAGUGAGAGCCUCAAAUAUAUACAUUGAUUAUUUUUCUUAGAGAAAGCAAAGUUCCUGCUGCUUUACAUAUAUAUAAAAUACCGAUAAUUUUUACAUUCGUGAUGUUGGUGAGCGAGAUCUAAUUUCCUAGUUUCUCUAGCAGUGUGAUGGCUCCUUGUAAAUACCUGGGCUAUGUUUGGUCCUGUGAAUUGGAAACACGGUCAAGACACUGAGUGGAAGAGAGCCCAACUCUGUGGUCCCGGCCCUGCUGCCGGUUCCGAGCCACCAGAGCGACCUUGACAGAGCCCCCUGCUCUCUGCACCCCGACACUCUCCUUAUUGGGGACAUGGAAGAAGAACAGAUGAUUACCAAGGUCUCCUUCAGUUUUAUAACCAUCAGUAUUUUAGGUAUUCAUUUGCAGUGGACAAUGUUAAAUGUUUAAUCCAAAUCACUCCCACUCGGAGUAUGUUUUUAGUUUGCGGUCUUCACAGUCUCUACCCCCAAACCCCCAAAUACGAUCUUUUGUGACUAAGGACCUGCUUGUAUCCAGAAUGAAGAAAAAAAUUUGUGAUCAAUGAAUCAGGGUUUUGUCCUAUUUCUGCUUCUGUUUUGAAGAAUAACUUGCCAUAAAAGCCUGUGCAGUUUAACAGAAGUAGCCCCAGACUGGGAGUCAGGAGCCCAUCCCUGCCAGACCCUGACGUGCAGAAAGUCAUCACCUUUGUGUUUACUCAUGUGUGUGGUGCUGACAGUGGCCCCGGUCAUGAAUUUAUUUCCUGCUACAUGAGCCUGUCCUCAGCAGGUGUUUGCCUUGGUUUCGUUAAGCUGUUAACAACUCUCGACCGGUACUGAGAAUGUAUUUCCAGUGGAAGAUAUUAAUCCAGUUCAAACAGAGUACCACCCGUGCGGAUGGUAUGGUGAAGAUCUCAGUAUGUGCUCUUAAUAUAAACUGUGUAACUUCACUGUAGGUCCGGACAAAAGAGGAAAUAAAAUAAACUGUUGUCACAACUAGUAGUGGAAAAUAUGUUUAAUAAUUAUUUUUUAUAUAACUUUGAAAAAAGCUUGUCAAUUAUUUAGAACAGCUUUGGUAGCAUUAUUUUUUUUUACAGACACCCACAUUGCUUUUGUGAGAAGCUGCAAGUCAGAGCAAAAGCCAGUAAAAAAUUCUCUUUCUGGUAUAAAGCUUGUGUCUUGUAUAAAUUGUGUGUCACCCACACAAUUUAAGCUAAUACUGAUUAUUUUUAUUUUAUUUUAGCUCUGCAUUAUAAACAAAUAUAAAAGUAACUCAUCUAUUUAAAAUAUCACUUAUGUUUCUUAUUUUUCUUCCUAUUCUUUUUAUAGUUAGCUGGUAAUACGGAUAACCUAUCCAGUGGGAUUUUAAGUGCUGUAACAUCCCUAACGCUACAAGUAUUAAUCUGUUGCCUGCCAUGUUUAAGAUGUUUUGGUGACAUUGGUUUCUUGUAACAUCAGCUCAUAUUGUAUUUUUGGAGAUAUUUUGUGACUCAGGCUGUUCUGUGUAGAAUAGUACUGAAGUGACAAUGUUUUAUCUAAUGUUUUGAGGGGCAUAUGUGGUAGAGUUGGGCUGCCAAUGUGUCUGACAGUUUGUGUAGUUCUUGGUAUAAUUGCCUUUUUUUUUUUAAAUGGAGAACCAGAGUUCUGAUUGGUGCUGUAUAAAUUUAAGUCUGAAACAGAGGCUAUGUUUUGUAGGAUGGUGACAAUGAAGGCGUGACUUCUGCUUGACAACUAAUGGAAGAUUAACUACAUCAGCUCUCUUAUGGACAUAUAUUUUAAUGUUUUUGUGCUUCCUCUGGAUACAAGAAGGUCCCAAGUUUCAUAGGAAAAUGGAGUCCAUUGAUUCUCUGUCUCUUCUGUGAGUAGGUCCAAACUGUAGGAAGAUGAAUUCCAGAUCAAUCAGCUUCAAAGAAGAUUUUAAAUCAUUGAAACAAUCCAACAGUGUAACCAUCUCUUUUGCAAAGUUGUAGUUUAGCAGAGCUAGUACAGAUAAUACAGAUAGAUAAUACAGAUAGAUAAGUAGAAAAUAGCUUACAAGUGGCAAAUAGACAAUACUUUAUAUUAUUCUUUCAGAACGAGUGCAGGCUUUUCUCCAGAUUGUUUCCCCUCCCCCAGACCAAUUUACAUAUUUUUCUUUAUUUGUCAAAGUGCUUGUUGUGAAACCCAAUUCCUGCUUCUCAUUGUUGGCAGUUUUGUCUUUUAUAUAUCUUCUGUUAAAUUUAGUUGCUUCAGAAUGUUGAACUUGAAACAAUGAAAUGAAAAGGACACAUUAGAAGUUUUCAUGAGGGAGAAUAUCUUCUGUGCUGAGCAGUUGCUCUCUGCCCUUGAUGGGGGAGAAGUCCAUGCCAGUCUGUUUACAUUGUCACAGCUACAGAAAGAGUAGGUACCAGGACUGUUCAGUGGAUUGAAGAGACUGAGCAGGUUCUUGGCUUGACCUAUCCAGAGGGUAUGUGGGUCUCACUUUAGAGGGCGUCCGUGCCCCGUUCUGUGUAGGCUGCAGUUACACUGCAGUGUGACUACACAGGAAAACCAGAGUAGCCACCCCGUUGUGGGUACUAACACAGAAUUCAGGCAGAUUCCUACAAAUUGGGUAUUUACUAGGAAAACUCAAGCAAGAUAUUGAAUACCAAGCUUCGUUAAGUAAGACUCGUUGCAUAUUAAUGUACAAUAUACUUUUGUGUGUUCAUCCAGUAGUUCUUAGAAACUCAUCAUUUAAAAGAUGAGUGUGAAGGAUGCUGGCAUGCCAGGGCGGGAACUUCUGUUUUAUUGCUACUUAAUGUUUUCUAGUAUAUUGCUUUUAAUUAUCAGUCUGUCUGGCACCACUUCGGGGGAAAAAGUGGUCUCAGUGUAACAACUGAUAGCCAGAGAAGUUGGAUAAAAUGUGCACAUUAAAGAAUAUUACCCACCAUUUCAGUUUUAAAGGAAUUACAUUAUUUUGUAAUGCUGGAAUGUCUUUCUCAAUUAAAAGGGAUGACUCCCUGCUUCAGAAAUCAUGCAGACAUUUUUUAAAACAUUGAAUGUAUUGGGGUGACACUGGUUAAUAAAAUGACAAGUUUCAGGUGUACGAUUCUAUACUGCAUCAUCCGUGUAUUGUGUUGUGUGUUCACCACCCCAAGUGAAGUCUCCUUCCAGCACCAUUUAUCUUCUGUAUGCCCUCUUACCUCUCCUCACCCUCCUUGCCCUCUGGUAAUCACCGUACUGUUGCCUAUAUCUAUGAAGUUUUGUUUUUUGUUUUUUGUUUUUGCUCAAACCCUUCACCUUUUCUACCCAGACCCCCAACCCUUCUCCCCUCUGACAGCUGUCAGUCUCUUGUUUUCUAUGAGUCUGUUUGUUAGUUUAUUUUGUUCAUUAGAGUCCACAUAAGAGUGCAAUCAUAUGGUAUUUGUCUUUCUCUGACUGGCUUAUUUCACUUAGCAGAAUGCUGUCCAGAUCCAUCCAUGCCUCUUUUUUAUGGCUGAGUAGUAAUUCAUUGUGUAAUUGUACCACAGUUGUUUUUCCCCCCUACUUAUCUGCUGAUUGAUGGACACUUGGGCUCUUUCCAGAUCUUGGCUAUUGUAAAUGAUGCUGCAAUGAACAUACAGGUACAUGUAGUCUCUCGAAUCAGUGUUUUGGGUUUCUUUGGGUAUAUUCACAGAAGUGGAAUUUCCGGGUCAUAAGGCAGUUCCAUUUUUAAUUUUUUGAGGUAACUCUGUAACUUUCCCAUAGUGGCUGCACCAAUCUAUUCCCACCAACAAUGCACAAGGGUUUCCCUUCUCCUCCUCUCCAGGAUUGUUUAUUGAUUUACUGAUGAUGGCCAUUCUGACAGGUGUGAGGUGACAUAUCUCAUUGUGGGUUUAAUUUGCAUCUCUCUGAUGAUUACUGACGUUGAGCAUCUUUUCAUGUGUCCAUUGGCCGUCUGUAUGUUCUCUUUGGAGGAGUGUUUUUUCAGGUCUUUUACCCCAUUUUUUAAUUGAAUUGUUUUUUUGGUGUUGAAUUUUAUAAGUUCUUUAUAAAUUUUGGAUAUAUCAUUAGCAAAUGUGUUCUCCCAUUCAGUGGGUCAUCUUUCCAUUUUGCUGAUGUUUUUGCUUUGUAACAGAUCUUUUCAUUCUUGUCAUUGUUGGGGUCAAGUGUUCCGGUGGCAGUUUUGGGCAUAGCAAAUGAGUUAACAGUUCUCAUUAAUCACUUUUUUCCUGAAGUGAUUUAAUUAUUUAUAGUGGACAGUUGCUUUCUCUACAGUGAUUUGUUUGUUUGUUCUGAAAAUGAUUUACAUGAAGAGAGAGAUUAUGGUAAACAUUGGAAAUCUUAGGCUAUUUGUUUAGUCUUAAAAAACAGUGCUGUUGGUUUCUGUUUCACGAAGAUUCACAGAAGAAUGCGUGUGUCUCACUGACAGGUGCCGUCCAGAAAAAUCCCUCAGUUCUCAGCAAUUCUGCGCUCUCAUGAUGUCUUAGAGGAAGUUUUGUAACUGAGUAGUUUAUUUAUUUUUCCCCUUUGCUACCUAUUGACAUUCAGAUACCUGAAUGAAUAUGAGCUGACUUAUUUAUAUACUAGUGUUUUAAAAUAUUUAUUUGCACAUGUUCAUUAGAACUCUUGAAUUUUUUGAUGUAAGUUUCUAAGUCAUAGGUAAAAGCAAAAUAUAUAUUUAAUAAGUGAAAAGUAUUAUUUUAUUACUAAAAUUUAUUUCCAAAGCAAAUUUAUUUUGUAGGUACUUGGGAAUUUUUCUUUGCCUUAAAACACACAAACAAAAUAAAUCUGUCUUGUGAUCUAGUCACCUAAAAACCCUCAUGUUACCUUGUUAUGUGGGGUGUUUGAAAAUCUUUGGUAAUGUUUAUUUUUCACUUUUGUUUGAAUUAAACCAAAGUAGGUAGAGGCCAUAGUGUUUUGUGAAUUGAUGUAUGGUUUCCUGUUGACUCAUCAAAGCAACCUGUAUGUGCUUGAUAAUUCAGUGUUUUAUUAGUAAAAAUUGUCAGCAUUUUGUCUCACUUUUUCUCAUUAUGUUUGAAUGUAGUCUUCUCUCUUUUCCACUCCCAGCCAUCACGGUUUCACAGAGUGAGAUACUUUUAGAAACUGAAGAUGCGUGAGUUCUAUGUAAGAUGAAUGUGUUAGUAGCCUCCAUCUGCUGAUCAAGUAGGCAUUGGAACUGGUACCAGAAAGUGAACUAGAUUGUAGCUAUAAAAGCAUUUUAUCAAUAUAAGUCAAGAAGGAAGAAGAAAACUGUGAAAUUCUGAUAUUUUUAAUAUAAAACUGUGUUCCCAGUGAGUAUUCGUUUGCUGAUUUUGUGUUAGUGUCAUCAUCUGUGAUUUGUAAGCUAAUGCUGAUAUGAGAUCAGAUUUUCAUCAUGAAGAUAACAAUCCCUGCAGCCUAUUUUUAACAUUAAGACAUUUUUGAAAAUAGAUAUCAUCUUAGAAGUUGUAUUGUUAAGUGCAAAUAAAUCAUCUUGACUUGAAAGUCAAAGUUUUAUUUUUCGUUCCUUAGUAUUACAAGAAUAUCUUGCAUUAUUAGGAGCAUAUUUAAAUUGCCAGAUAUUCUCAGAAUUCUGUAUUUUCAUAUUGCUCCCACUGGUUUGCCUACAAUAUGCACUUGAGUUUUUCUUCAAAUAAAUUACACUUGAUGGAA